CUACAACUCUGAAACCUUCAUCUGCAACUUCUGAAACAUCACCAUGUCUCUAGUUGUGGCUCUGUUGUUGACACACUGUGUGUACUCUGCUUUUGGAGCAUCUGUCAGCGGUGACGUCAUGGAGGUGCAAACAGUCUCAGGUGAAGAUUGUCCCCUGCGAUGCACGGCCAGAAAUAAGCCAGGGGUCGACUACAGCGCAGUGAGAUGGUACAAGCAGCUCGACAAUACUGAGACUCGUCGUCUCCGAGGCCUGCUGACCCGAGACCUUCCCAACGGCACCACCAGGUGGUACACCAGCGUGGAGCGGCAGGUGGAGCUGAUGGGUGACACCUUAGACAUCUACCUGCCCAACGUGACCUGCGCUGACAGCGGCGUGUACGUGUGUCACCUGGCGGCACCCGUGGGAGAGCAGAACCAGGAAGGGCAGGUUCUCCUCACUCUCGCAGAUUGUUUUGACAGCUCAGAAGAAAUCAUGAUGACCGACACUUUCCUGGUCAUUUUUGCCUCCGUGGUGCUGAUGUGUGCAUUCAUCAUUUUCCUUAUAAGCUAUGGAAGCCUGAAAAACGUCGUCCAAGGCGGAAACAAAGCGACACAAAAAGAAGUUUUACUGAAUGCUCCGCUGAAGCCGCUGGAAAAAAAGGACUUAAAGUUGAUUUAUACUUUGGGCCCAAAUGUGUCUAAAAAGCCGUCUUUAAAGCACAUAUGUGUCUAAAAGGUACAUCGCUGGGAAUCAUCUCUUUUAUGAGCUCAAUAUACAAAUAUGUGAACACAUGAAGAGUGACUUUACGGCCCCUUAAACACCACAACCAACAUGCAAAACCUCAACAAAGGACAAGAACCAGCCCCUGAACUGUUCAUAGAAAUGUGGAUUUUCCUCCCAGGACGGGUCAAACAUCAGCUGGACUUUGAGCUGGUUCUUGAAUCCUGCAGAGAGUCCAUCACGAAAGAGGGCCGCUGCCGCCAUCGGGGGGGCCGAACUCACCUGCAAGGAGGCCCCCUAUUGGUCGAGAGGAGAUGCUGCGCCCCUUAAUAGUUUGUUUUAUAGUUAUAUAUGACUUCCAUACACAUCCAAAAAGCCUCUCCAUGCUGUGAUGUUGUGCAACCAUGUAGAUUUUUUUAUAUAGAGACUUUUUUUGGAAAUGAAAAAAGUCAUAAAAGCAACAAAAAAAAAAGUCAUGUAAUAUCCUCCAAUAAUUCUCUCUAGGCUUUAAAUUAUGAAUCUCCAAGUAUUUCAGUCAGUGCUCUAUAAAGGGUUAAUGUCCACCAGAGGGAGAAAGGUAUUAUAUUAAAGCUUAACAUGUUGAUUGCACUUAAAAGUCUUUUCUCGGGUAGAAAAAAGACAUCCUGAUAACGUCGCCUUCUCACUUUAAAACAUAUUUUAAAAAUCAUAGCAGCUCAGAAAAAGAGGAGGAGAGAAAAUAUAAAAAAAACAAGCAAGAAACAAAACUGUGAAGAUGCUUUAAACUUUUAUAGAAACUCUCUCUUAUUGGGUUUCUGCAAAAAAAAUCCGAAAUUUAUGAAAGCUAAAAAAAAAAAAAAGAUGUGCUUAAACUACUGAUUUUAUUCUCCGGAGUCAAACAUGUACUUUACCGUCCUGAUGUUGAUCUUUAUUCUUUAUAUGGAGGACUAGAAACAGGAGCGCUGCCACUUAUUUACCUGUGAUCUUAAAUGUAGCAACAACCCAAAAAUCAUGAUUUAAAGAUUACAGAUAACUUUAUUGUCAUUGUGCAGAACUUGAAAUUCAGUCGAACUCAAGACCGGACUUGUAUAUAAAAUAAAGAAUAAAUGAAUAAAUGCUCUCAUCUCUACAGCAGACGGACCAAACACUUUCAGUUUUAUUAAUGCAAAAAUGAUGUCUGACUUCAUUUAACCCUCCUGUUGUCCUCGAGUCAAGGAAGGAAGGGAGGAAGGAGGAAGGAAGGAAAGGAGGAAGGAAA